CGCCAUGCUUCUCCUCCCCCUAUGCCCCAUCCCGCCACCCAUCUCCCCGUCCCCCUCCGCCGCCUCACCCGCAGACCCUCCCUCGCCGCCACCGCCGCCCGCCGCUCCCACUCGUCCCCCUCCGUCUCCUCCUCAUCGUCCGACGACGAAUCACCGCUCGCCGGCGAGCUCUUCCCGGCCGCCGGCGCGCCCACCCUCCUCUCCGUCGCGCGCUCCCUCGCCAUCGCGUCCCCUCCCCCGUCCGCCGCCGCCGUCCUCGGCUUCCUCGGCCGCCUCCCCCACGACGCCUCCCCCCACAUCUUCCCCCACCUUGUCGCCGCCCUCGCCCGCUCGCCCCGCCCGAUCCUCGCUCUGCGCCUCUUCCUCUCCCCGCCCGCUCCCUCCGCCACCACCCACCACUCUUUCAAUUCAGCGCUCGUCCGGUUCCCCCUCCCGCCUCACCUCCUCCCGGCCUUCUUCUCCCACUCCCUCCGCCGCUUCCCCGGACUUACUCCCACUCUGCUCUCCUUCAACCUCCUCCUCAAGUGCAUCUCUUCCUCUCUGGUCCCAAGGAACCCCGGCCUUUAUCUUGCAAGCGCGCUGCGAAUCCUCCACGAUGUCAUUCCAGCGUGGAAACUUGCGCCGGAUAAGUUCACCUACUCGACCGUCGUGUCAGCUCUGGCCGAUGCAGGGCAGGUGGAGGAUGCGGUGGCGCUUGUGCAUGAGAUGGUGGUUGAUGGGGUGGUGCCGGCUGAGGCUUUUAACCCCGUGCUGAGAGCAAUGCUGCGUGCAGGGGAUGUCAAUGGGGCAGCCAAAUUGUUUUGGUUUAUGCAGCUAAAGGGUUGCACACUGACAGCAGCGACAUACAAUGUGCUGCUGCAUGGCUUGUUAUUGUGCAAUAAGGCGAGGGCAGCAAUGGGCAUCAUGAGGAGAAUGGAGGGUGAGGGAAUUGCGCCAGGGUUAAUGACAUAUGGUGCAGUGGUGGAUGGGUUGGUGAAAUGUGGAAGAGUUGAGGAUGCAUGGAAAGUCGCUGAGGAAAUGAGGAAUAAGGGGCUUGCACCUAGUGAAUUUGUGUUCUCGGCCGUGAUCACCGGGUUUUGCAGGUCAGGGGAGGCUGACAGGGCAUUGAGGGUGUGGGAGACAAUGGUGGCAGCUAUGGUAAGGCCGAACAUUGUUCUGUAUUCAGCAAUGAUUGAUGGCCUUGCCAGGUGUGGGAGGAUGACAGAAGCUGAAAUGUUAUUUGAAGACAUGGCUGAUGCAAAAUGUGCACCAAACAUCAUGACAUAUGGCUCAAUGAUUCGAGGUUAUUUCCAGAUUGGAGAUUCAUCGCGAGCUCUCUAUACCUGGGAGGAGAUGAUAAGGGCUGGCUGUGUGCCAAAUGCCAUUAGUUACAGCAUAUUGAUCAGUGGGAUGUGCAAUGUAGGGAGAUUAAAAGAUGCUAUGAUGAUCUGGAAACACAUGCUUGGCCGUGGAUGUGCACCUGAUACAAUAGCUUAUACUUCAAUGAUCAAGGGGUUAUGCAUGUCUGGGAUGGUUGACGGUGGUCUCCGUCUAUUUAAUGACAUGCUGGCGAAGGGUGAUGCCAAACCUGAUGCCAUCAGUUAUAAUGUUAUGUUGGAUGGGCUGAUUUGCACAAAUAACCUUCCUCGGGCAAUGGACUUGCUUAAUCAGAUGCUUGAUCAAAGGUGUGAUCCAGAUGCAGUAACAUGCAACAUUUUCUUGCGGGAGAUUGGGGUUGCAGAGGGGAAAGGGAGACAAUUCUUAGAGGGACUGGUCAUGAGGCUAUGCAACAGAGAAAGGUGUAGGGCAGCUGGAGAUGUUUUGAUGGUGAUGCUGGCUAAGUAUAUUGUGCCAGAGGUUGCCAUUUGGUAUACUAUUGUGAGAGGAGUUUGUCAGUCUAAGAGAGUUUGGAAAGUCGUCGACAACUGUUGGGAUGAGAUUUGGAGGCCUUAAAGAGUAUUUAUAUUCUUUUUAUACACUGAUUGGGCCCAUGAUUUCGAGCUCACAUGCUGGAGUGCUUUUAUACUCCAUUUCUUUUGAAAGCUGAUGUGCUGAUUUUUAUUCAAGUUGAUGAUGCUAAAACAAAAUGUAGAGGACGUGUUUCCAAGCUUGCCUUGCCAUUUAUCACAUGUUUUAGAUUCUCCUUCCUACUUCAAUGUUAAAUCCUUCAGGUACCUUUUUUAUUUUCUCUAUCAAUAAUAUAUAACUUUUGCAAUGGAGCAUUAGACUGGUUUUAGUGUUAGGAGCAUCUACUGCCUAAGAACAUAUGCUGUAAAUUGUAAUGAAUUUUAGAGUAUCAGAAAUUAUAUGUAAAUUUAGCUGAAAAAAUAGUAGCUAUGGUUUAUGAUGGUGAUGUUAAGUAGAUCAAUUAGAUCCUUCAGUUAUAGAGGUCCAGAAUCCAGAUAUACGUUCUCACAGCUGUAUGCAUAUUCUAUGUGAUGUGAAGAAAGCUAACAAUAGUAAAUACUUAUUUGUAUUAUCUCACUUUUGCCAUUGUUCCUGAACACCAUAUAUGAUCCUAUCACUUCAUGAAGAGAUUAUGCGGUUCCCUCCUGAUAACAACAUUCAUGUUUAAGUUAUUCAACUCAUACUAAUCUUUAACAUUGUUUAUAACGGGAAUUGCCUUGCAUACCACGCACCACCACAUAUAUUAGAUAUUGUGAUGGCUCUAUGCAAAGCCUGACUAGGCCUUGUGGAUAAUUAUCACAACAGAAGAAAUCUAUUAGAAUACAUCUCAUGGAUGAUAAAGAUGUAUGGGUAGUAGUAGUUGGUUAUUGUAAUACUCCCUCUGUCCCAAUAUAUAAGGUGUAACCACUUUUUACUCAAGUCCCAUAAUAUAAGGCGCGCUCUCUCUAGGCACACGUUCAUCGAUGCAGUAAUACUACUGUUGAUAGAGAAAAUUAAAUACGUUCCUUGGUCUUUGAACUAGAGGUGGUUACGCCUUGUAUACUAGGAUGGAGGGAGUAUAUCAGCUCUGAGAUGCUCUACCUCUCAUCUAAAUACUUAUUAUGUUUUGAUUUUGAAUCGAUUAUCGAUUUUCGUGUUUCUUGCUGCCUUUUUUUUAUCUUGCUAUUUCUUGUUUUUUUUAUAAUUUUUUGCUAUUCCUUGUCGACUUGUAUAUGUAAUGUUGUUUGGGUUGGUUUACUGCAUGCAAGAUACCUAGGCUUCAUGGAUAGUUAUUACAACAGAAAAGCCCCAUUAGACAACAUAUAUUGUUCUGAUGGAUGAGACAUAUGUAUGAAAUUAUUAAUAGUAGCUUAGUUAUUGUAUUAUAUCACUUCAGAUUUCUGCAUUUCCGUAAAUACUUACUGUUCUGGUUUUAAAUUGAAUGUGAAUAUUUAUACUUCUUGUUCUUCCUA